ACAAUGCAAACCCUUAGGCGACUGUGUGCAAGUGUGAAGCUUGUACCCCAGCGGGGAGAAAGCUCUGCCCACAGAUGGCACCUUUCCGGCCCACGCUCGGGCUGCCACCUGCGCAGCUACCUGAACGGGGGACACGCUCCCCGCUUUGGCUCCCCGGGGGCAGGUGUGCGCGCCAGGCGGGGGUGCCACUUGCCCCGGGGCUGGGAGCCGAGCAGCGGCCCUUGCAGGAGGUGAGGCGAGCAGGGGUCCGCCCCGCGCUGGGCUGGAAGCAGGGAGGAGGGGCCGUGCCUCUGCACCGCAUCGCCGCCGCGGGAGCCCCAGGCACGGCGCCGCAGCUGGACGCCUGGCAGGCAGGUUGCUCUGAGCGCGGCCCUGCACUUCCUGCACCGCUCCAGGCGGGACCCAGCGCGCGGAGCCCCCUCCCGGCUCGGCAUGGCGUGCUGCUGGGGCGAGUACCAGGUUUCUGUAGAUGGGAUUUCUGGACAAAGAGAAUGGAGACCUCUAAUUUAUAGAAAAUGCACAGAUGUACUCUGGUUGAUUUUAUUCUUUCUUUUUUGGGCUGGUUUGAUGUUUAUAACUGGCUAUGCGGUAACAGCUGGAGCUGCAGAAAGACUUGUAUUUGGGUAUGACAGCUAUGGGAAUAUAUGUGGUAGGAAGAACACUUAUAUUCAAGGUGCACCUCUUUCUGGACAGGAUAUGACAAAUAAAAAACAUGUGUUCUUUUUGAAUUCGUGCAGUCUGGAAAUUAAAAACCUUAAAAUCAAUUCAAUCGCCUUGUGUGUAUCUAGCUGUCCUCAAGAGCAACUUAACUCUCUGGAAGACAUCCAGCAUUUUGCAAAGAACAAUGGUUCUUGCCUUUGUAUGUAUAACUUGAACAUUUCCAGUUACACGCUAAAUCCAAAGGCGGCUGAGUUGUGUCCCACUCUGCCAGUUCCACCAAGCAAAUCCUUCCCAUUGUUUAAUCGAUGUGUUCCACAAAACCCUGAGUGCUAUUCGCAGUUUGCAUCCAUCUUGAUAAAUGUGGUUAACGAAGUUGAUGUUUUUCAUCGUAUUCUGAGUGGAAUAAUGGCUGGAAGAGAUACUGUAAUAGGACUGAGUGUCCUUGCACUAGCCUUCUCUUUAAUAAUGGUUUUAACCUUCAGAUUCAUCACCACACUUCUGGUCCAUAUUUUCAUUACACUAGUUGUGUUUGGAUUAUUAUUUGUCUCCAGUGUUCUGUGGUGGCUCUACUAUGACUACACUAACGACCCAAGCAUAGAACUGGAAACUGAAAAAGAAAAUGUAAAAUUUUUACUUGGAUUUGCUAUCAUAUCUACCAUGAUUACGAUGGUUCUACUUUCCCUCAUAUUUGUACUAAGGAAGAGGAUUCAGCUGACUGUACAGCUCUUUUGGGUUGCUAAUAAAUUAAUUAGCAGGGUCCCUUCCCUACUGUUCCAGCCACUAUGGACCUUUGUGAUUCUCAUUUUCUUCUGGGUGUUCUGGGUUGCUGUGCUACUUAGCUUAGGAACUGCAGGUAGUGCACAAGUCAUUUCAGGAGGACAAGUAGAAUAUAAAAUUCUGUCUGGCAUUCGCUACAUGUGGUGGUACCAUUUAGUCGGCCUUAUCUGGACUAGUGAAUUCAUCCUGGCUUGUCAGCAAAUGACUAUCGCUGGAGCAGUGGUGACUAGCUAUUUCAACCGACAUAAGAGUAGCUCGCCACGACACCUGAUCCUGUCUUCCAUAUCAGUUCUUUUUUGCUAUCAUCAAGGAACAGUUGUAAAAGGGUCGUUUUUAAUCACAAUAGUGAGAAUUCCAAGAAUUAUUCUUAUGUACCUUUAUGAUGCCCUAAAAGAAAAGGAGAGUGCAUGUGCAAGAUGCAUGUUCAAAUGCUGUUUCUGCUGCUUUUGGUGUCUAGAAAGGUGCCUAAGAUACUUUAACCAGCAUGUAUACACCACAACGGCCAUCAAUGGGACAAAUUUUUGUACCUCAGCAAAGGAUGCUCUCUUUAUUUUAGCAAAGAAUUCUGCUAAUAUAGCAUUCAUUAAUUGUUUUGGAGACUUCAUCAUUUUUCUAGGAAAAGUGUUUGUUGUAUGUUUCACAGUCUUUGGAGGGUUAAUGGCAUUUAACUACCAUCGUGAGUUCCACGUAUGGGUAGUUCCUCUGUUGCUAGUUGCACUUUUUGCCUGCUUGGUAGCCCACAGCUUUUUGUCGGUUUUCGAAGUGAUCAUGGAUGCCCUGUUCUUUUGUUUUGCUAUUGAUAUGGAAACAAAUGAUGGAUCUCCAGAGAGGCCAUACUUCAUGGAUCAAGAAUUACUGAGUUUUGUGAAUCACAGCACCAGGCUAACAGAGUGGGAGAAAAACAGAAAGCAAAAGACCCCCCAAAACAAUGAAGAUGGUACAGAACUACAGCCUAUGGUGAGACGGGAACAAAGACGAUGUGAUGAGGACAUCAAAUAAGAUGUUGUCUCCCAGGUGUACUACAAGAAUGGGGAUAGACUGUAAAUAUUUAUUUCCUACUUUAUGAUUUCUUGCAGCAGCCAAAUUUUUGAGCCCCAGGGGUUUCAUCCCUUCAUACUAAUCAUUGUUACUGACACUGGAAGCUCAGGGCCAGAUUGUGGCCAUGAAUGGCCAGCAGUGAACUCUGCUGGUAUAAAGCAGGCAGAGCUGGCUUUUGUGCCAACCACCCAUCCCAUCCCCAGCAUAGAGAGGGAUGAAGAGGCGCAGAGAGAGCAUGUGGCAGGAUUCCUCACAGCCACAUUGAUCCUCCAUUGGCAUAAAGGCUCAAAAGGUCUUAAGUGUAAAUUACUGUAGUGCUAGGUUGUUCUAAUUCACACUGGGACUGGUAUAGAUUUCCUGCUCCCAUGCACUGAGCAGUGCUCAGAUGUGGUGGAGAAUCUGGCACAUGUUUUAAGCUGAUAUUUUUGUUUGAUUGUGCUUUACACUGUUUAAAAAUUAUGAGGUGAAAAAAGGGAGAUGCCCCCUCAAGAUGCAGUUUCAGACUUAAAGACUAAGGGUGUGUCUUCAAGAACAAUUAACUCAAGUUAUAAUUUCAGUGUUACCCCUAGACUCCCAUCCACACUCACAAAUAUCUAGCUUGAGUUAGGCCAUGUCUGCACUACAUAGUUUUGUCAACAUAAAGCAGCUUAUGUUGACCUAACUAGAGGUGUACACACUGCAAUGCUCCUCUGGCUGCUUUAACUCGCCUGCUACGCUGACAUAAUAAAACCACCUUGAUGAGAAGAAUAGAGCUUAGGGCAACGUAGUUAGAGUGACGCAGUGUCAGUGUAAACACUGCGUUGCUUACAUCGCCCUAAGUGGCCUCCAGGAGGUAUCCCACAAUGCCCACCGUGACAGUUCUGGUUACCAUUUUGAAUUCCCCUGCCCUGCAGCCUGGUAUACAAGUGAACACCCCUCACCUGUUAAAGCCCGGGGAAGUUUUGAACUUGCUCUUCCUGUUUGCUCAGGGUGGAGAUCUCACGUAGCAACUGCCCAGCUGAGCAUGCUGGCUCCACGCAGUAUCCUGCCUUGAGUACCCGGGAAGUGGUGGAUCUCCUGGAUCUGUGGGGAUAGGAGGCUGUGCAGGUGCAGCUCCGCUCCAGCCUCAGAAUGCUUGAGGCAUGGAGGAGAAGGGCUACGAUAGGGACGUACAGUAGUUCAGAGAGUUGCGGCAGGCAUAGCAGAAGGCAAGGGGAGGCAAAUAGUCACCUCUGAUGCGGAGCCGCAGACAUGCCGCUUCUACAAGGAGGAUGCUGGGGUCAGGGUGUUGGUGAAUAGCUCCCCCCCUUGAGCUCCUCUUAUAGCCUUGUGUUUAUAAUGCCAGUACAAUACUGAAGAGCAGUAGAGGAUCCAUGUUUUCUGCCACACAUGGCUGGCUCACAGGUGACCAGGGCAGUUGAAAAGCAGCUGAAAACCUAGUAGGAUGCCCAUGGAAUGAUGGGAUUGAGAAACAUGCAUCAUGUGACAUUGAACCUGCCCCCAUGAGGCAUUGCAAACCCUUUCCAAAACACCCUGUGGCCAGAUGCACAGUGGGAUAGCUACCCACAGUGCACUGCUCUCUGUGUCAAUGCAAGAGCUGCUACUGUGGAUAUACUCCACCCACACAAGGAGCAUAGUGUGGACAUGCAACAGCUGUUUAAUUACAGCGACUUAAUUUUGUGGUGUAGACAUUAGCCUUAAAUGGUGUUUUAUGCUCAAGCCUGUUUGGGCCAGGGAGGGAUGGGAUAGUUUGAACCUCAAGUGAUGCUGAAGCUCAAGCUUCUAAUGCUGUGGGGAUGUAACAGCUUGAGUUACAAGUCUUUAGCAGCUAAUCCAAUCACUCUGUUAACCCAAUUACUCUGUACUGCUAAUCAAAUCACUCUGUGUAACUCCAUUGUUUUUUGGUAGUGUGAUUGCUUUCACUUGAGGUAGGCUAGCUCAGAUGCAGUUUUUUGAGUGUACAAACUCAAGUUAUGUUGCUGUGAAGACGACAAGCUCUCAGAGAAAAAGGUUGCCAGUUGACUUUAAAGGAGCUAUGACAAUUUACAUCAGCUGAGAAUCUGACUCAGUGUGUUUAGAACUCAGCAUGAUUGUCAUCCAGGCUCAAAAUAUAAUUCUCAGUAAAGCCCAGGGUUGGCUGAUAAAUGGUCUGCAGCAGCAGCCAUUCCACGUCCUGCUAAAUUGUGUCAUGCACAAAAAUGAAGUCGGUAUUGUUGCCCCUUUUUGCCCCAAGUGGCUAGUCAAAGUUUGGGAGCUGGUGAGUGUUCAGGUGGGAGUACAAAUUGGUGAAAGUCAAGUGUUUCUUUGAUGCAAUUUUGGUUAUUUACAACGAAUGUACAAAGUUCGGUCUUUCUGAACACGUAGGCAAUCAAAUAGCAGGAAACAGCUUCUUUUGCUAACAGCACUAACAGCAGUCUUUUCAGUCUGCACCCCAGUGGCGGAUUAAUAAUUUUGCCGCCCCUAGGCC